AUGGCCACUCCUCCUAUUCCCUUCAACCGCCUCAAGCAGAUUGCUACCGAUGCCUGCAACAGCGCCAUCGGCAGCGCCGAGUUCUACGAUCAUGCAAAGACUGAGCAAUGGAACUCGACCAUCAUCAGCUCCGUGCUGAAGGCCGUCAUUUCCGAGUCGACUCCCCAGGGCGCCUCCGCUCCCUCCUUCAAGUUCGCCUGCAACAGCACUAUCGUUCAGCACCUCGUCCCCACAUCCGCCCUUAACAAGCCCCGUGGAGGCACCGAGACCCAGGCUGAGGAGCCUCACAUUUCCACCAGCUCCGAGGCCACUGCCACCGAUGGCAAGCCCCACGUCGGUCGACGAGGAAUGCACAGCGCGACCGGCGCGUACUGGGAUGAGAAGAAGGACGGCAUGUGGACCUUCAAGUACGAUGGCGGCGAGGGCAAGGGCCUGGACGUUGUUGUCAUGCUCAUCUGGAUCGCCAUCUGA